CGUUCCAUUUGUGCGUUUAUAUCCACCAAAAAAAUAAGGAUAUGUCACAAACGUGAUCUUUGCCGUGCAACCUGCACAUUUCUUUCACCGGUGUUCAUCUCCGACAGCCAACCUGUUCAUCACAGAAACAACAUUUCCAGUUGAAGAGAUUGGCAGCCAGAGGUGACUUCAUCAUGAAGAAGAAGGUUAAAUCCCAUGGCGAAUAUAAGUUGUUGGAUGCUGCAAUUCUGAAGGCAACAAACUCAGAUAAUGCAUUGCCAAAGGAAAAGCACAUUCGGACCAUUUUUCAAUCACUUUCUCCAUCAAAACCUCGUCGCGAGGUUGACUAUUGUAUAGAUGGUCUAAACAUGCGCUUCGGCCAAACUAGCGAGUGGGCUGUUGCUUUGAAAGUCAUGAUUAUCUUCCAUCGUGCCAUGAGGGAACUUGACAAAACAGUUAUGGAACAAUUUGCUAGUUGUAGCAAUGGAGGCUGUUUAAUUGAUUUAGCAAACUUUACGGUUACUAACAAACCACCUGGAUCAGAGGAGUAUUGUAAUUGGAUGCAAGAAUAUCAUUUUUACCUUGAAGAUCGCGUAAAGUGUUUCACCACAAUGAACAACCAUGAUGUGGUGACUAUUAGCGAGAAACAUACCCAAAAGCUUAGCACUCAGGACUUGCUGGUCCAAUUGCCAGCCUUACAAAGAGUUCUCUUUCGGCUUCUUCAAUGCAAGCCGAAAGGUGCAGUUGCAUUUAAUCGCUUAAUUCAGUAUGCCCUUUCAAUGGUUACUGGUGAAAGUAUUAAACUAUAUGUUGCAAUAACUGUUAGAGUGGUGGAAUUACUUGAAAAGUUUUUUGAGAUGCACCGUGAUGAUGCUAUUAACGCCCUGAAGAUUUAUAAAAUGUCAGGAAGCCAGGCAGAGAUGUUGUCCAAGUUCUUUGCGGCCUGCAAGAGCCUAGACUUUGCAAGGGGUCAGAAAUUCAUCAACAUUAAGGAGCCUCCUGCAUCUUUUAUAGCUACCAUGGAAGAAUAUAUUAAAGAGGCUCCUAGCACCUUAAUGCUUGAAUACAACGUGGAUGAUGAUGAAAAGGGAGUUAGUGCUAAUGAAAGUGCAGCUUCUGUGGGCGAUUUAUUGAGUACGGAUAACCAAAAUGCAGAUAGUGAAAACAAGACAGAUCCUUCUCCAGAAAGUAAUGAGGCUGCAGCACCUUCACAAGCAGCUGAUCUUUUGGGUUUGUACGACUUACUAACAGGAGCAUCUGAAUUUGAAGAAAAUUCCCUAGCAUUGGCAGUUGUCCCAGCAGAAAAUUCUGUAAAUUCCAGCAAUGAUGAAAAUGGAGCAAGUUCAGUAACAGGUUGGGAGGUUGCACUCUUUACAGAGCCAGAAACCUCUAAUGACAAUGUAGUUGCAGAGAGUACCUUCACAGAACAAGAGGCUGGCCAAGCUGGUAAAUUGGACUUGUCAAAACUUGACAAUCUCUAUGAUGAGGCUAUUGUUGGAAUACAACAAAAUGCAGCUUACAAGAUUGGCCAAGUGGUUUCCAACCCUUUUGACUUUCAAGCUAGUCAUGAUAGCCAGUACAACAUGGCAAUGGCACCCUCAAAUAUGCAAAAUGCUUCAUGUGUUCCUCCUAACAUGGCAUAUCCAAUUCCAUCUCAAAUGUCAUGCAUGACCUAUCAAGAUUAUUACAUGAUGCAGCAGCAACUACAACUGCAGCAACUGCAACUGCAGCAUCAGCAACUGCAGCAGCAGCAGCAGCAGGAAGCAUCCAUGAUGAACAAAAAAUCGACCAACCCAUUUGAACUUGAUGAAGCAAAUAUUUUGCCAUCACAUCCAAAUCAGAGUACUUCACCCGGUUUAAAUGUAGGAGACUAAUGGAAAGAUGCUUACUUACCUGGCUGUACAUUAGGAACCAUGGAAGUAGAAGCAACUAGUAAAGUUACAGAAAAAUGGAGUAAAACCUGUUUCUUUCUCUUGCUCUGACACUUGUGUGAGUGCAUGGGUACAUGUGAAGUACAGGGAAGCCAAAUCUUCCAAUUUUGGGAUAACAUUGUGCUCAUCAUGUAUACUAAUUGUAAUCAAAUAUGUAAGUAUCUAAUCAAUAGUUAAUGUUUUAAAAACAUAUUUUAAUUUAAAAUGAA